AUAAAUGUACCACGGUUUAUAGUAACGAAAUUUUUAAUGUUAGAAUAGUUUUUGUAGUUGAAUUGUAGACAGUCAAUUUUCUUAACUUCUUUACAAUCAGCACAGAAAAGUUAGGGAGAAUAAGCAAAACAAUACAUAUUUUAUGGACAUGGCUACGUAUAACAUUGACAUGAAGGAAUGCAACGACAUAAAAUUAGCAGAACAAGACUGUUCUUCCACGGUGGAUAAAGCUACAAAAGAGCAGUUAAAGAUAUGCCAAGAAAAAUUAAUGAAGAGAUAUAAAAACGAGAAUGCUUACAUGACUUCAUUUCUUUGGAGUGAACACAACGACUUACCAAUUAAAGAUGCAUUCGUGAAUGUUAAACUACAAAAAACCGACAUGUUAGGAAGAAAGACAGGAGAAAUCAUUCAAAUUAAAGACAUAUUUGCCAGAGAGUCUAAGUUGCAUCAAACAAUCCUAAUCACAGGAGAUCCAGGAUACGGGAAAUCCACCAUUUGCAAAAAAAUCGCCUACGACUGGGGAAUAGACGAAGAGUAUCGCAGUUACCUCAAGGAAUUUGAAAUUUUAGUUUCUAUUCACCUAGGCGAAUUAGGAGAGAAGGGUGUACUUGAUGCCGUUAUUGAAUGCAUUGACAACCAAGAGGAUAGAACAUUUUCGAAGAAACUCAGAAAAGCUAAUUGGAAUUUUUUGAUCAUUCUGGAUGGAUUUCACGAAAUUCGCGAUAAAAAUUGCGUUAAACAAUUUAUAAGUAAUGAUUCUAUUGAAAUUUCUAAGAAAAUGACAAUAGUCGUUACCAGCCGUCCACACGUUACACAAGAAAUUAGGAAAUUUAUUGACUACAGAUUUUGCAUCGAAGGAUUUUCUCAGGAACAAAAGAAGAAAUACAUCGAUAAUAUUGUUAAAGACGAAGAUAAAAAAAAGUAUGUCGAAAGUAUCAUUAAAAAGAAUCGCUUCUGUUUUGAAUUAGCGAAAUGUCCGUUAAUGUUGUACAUGUUAUGUUGUCUUCCUAAAAGUAGAACAGACACAUAUAUAAUGACAAAUGCCGAUUUGUUCAUUUUAAUUUUUCGUCUUAUUAUAGAAAAUUAUAAAAAGACGAAUAAAGAAACCCAUAAUUUAAAGAAAGGGAAAUACUUUGACGGAGAAGAUGUUAUAAUUAAACUAGGAAAACUUUACUACGAAAAGGAAUUUCGUGAUAUUACAAUGGCCACUUCUUUAGAACCAAAAAAAGUAAAAGAAGCAGAUUUGAAUAAAAUUUUUACAGAAGAGGAAUGUCAGUUUUUACUUAAUCUUUAUAUUUUUGAAAAACGUACAGCAGAAAAUAAUGGAGAACAUUUCGUAUUUAUCCAUCGAUUAUUUACCGAUUUCGUAAUGGCUUUUUUCAUCUUCGAUUCGAUCCACACAGUUGCUUUUCCAGAAAUGGAAGGUAUUUUAUUUUUUAUUCUCGGUUUGUUUAAAAAUGAACCAUUUGCCGGCAACUUUAUUAAUUUUUUACGAAGAAUCUUCCUUCAUCCCGUAACAUGGCUUAAUUUUUACAAUGAAAUAAAAAACGAAAAAAAUAAAGAAUUGUUCUGCACGAAAACAACAUUAGUCUUUUAUUUCGAUUGUUUAGACGAAUUCUUCAAAUUAUCAAAUAUUUCUAAAUUGAAUAAAAUUAAUUUGAAUUAUUCACGCGAUUUUCAGAUUUUUGUAUUCCUUGAUAGAAGAUUCUCUAUGGAUCCUAAAAGAAAACUUUCUCCUCCACAUCCCAGAUCUAAUAGCCUUGACAGCUAUAUCGAUCUAUUUGAACCUGUACAAUCUUUAAUAUGUUUAUUUAAAAGCUACAGUUGGGAUAAAUUCAAGUUUUAUUUACAUGGCAUCGUUUGUAGUAGUAAUACAGAAUUUUCUAUUAUAUGCGACAGAAAUAUUGACAUUUUUAGAAAAACCAAUGAAGAUGUCAAGCAAGAGUUAAAUCUUAAUUAUAAAAGUCCCGUUGUUUUAUCUAAUGAGAGUGAAUUUGGCGACGAUCGCAAAUAUUUGAUAUCUACAAAUCAAUAUUAUUCUUUAUUGCCAAAAACCAAUGAAGAUGUCAAGCAAGAAAUUAUAGAAGAGUUAGAACUUCAAGAUAAAAAUCCCGUUGUUUUAUCCAAUGAGAGUGAAUCUGGCGACAAUCGCAAAUAUUUGAUAACUAAAGAUCAAUGUGAUUCUUUAUUGCCGUACUUCAUCAAAAAUGAUUUCAGUUGA